AUGAAUUACGACGAUGGCAACCACUAUGACUCUCAAAGACACCGCAUCCGUUCAAAAGAUGUGUCCUCGCACAGAGUCACGUAUUAUGCCAAUGGCCUACCUCGACUUGUUCGAACCCAGGCCACGAGCGUCCCACAGUACCAGUACCAGGAUGCGAAAGGCCAUUACGGGGGCUCUACCCACCACAGCAGCAGCGGCAAUAAGCCCCACAGCAGUAAGGACCAUGAAAAGCACCAUAGUAGCGGCAGCAAGCAUCACAGCAGUAGAAGCAGUAGCCAACAUGACUACGGAAAGUACUAUAGCUACGAGGAGGCUGAAAAGAAGAGCAGCAGACACCGUUAG